AUGGCGGCGCCCGGUGAGCAGGUGGCUGCCGGGGAUUUUGGCUCCUGGCUGGACUGCCGGCUGGAGGCGCUGGGCAUGGACCCGGAGGUGUACCCCGCCUACAUCCAGGGGGUGCUGAGGGAGGAGGACAACCCGGAGGAGAGGGACGAGGCGCUCAGGGGGAUCCUGGCUGCCUUCUUGGAGGAAGAUUCUAUAGAAGAUGUUUGUCUGGAAAUUAUUGCUAAGUGGAGUGAAGCACAGAAAAUGGCAUUGGCACAGGCAAAGCAAGAAGAUGAGGUGGAAGCUCUUGCCAGCAUGAUAGAGAAGCAGGCACAGAUUGUGGUCAAGCCCAAAGAGGUGUCAGAGGGGGAGCAGCAAAGAAAAGCCGCCCUGCUGGCCCAGUACGCCAAUGUGACCGAUGACGAGGAAUAUCCUUUACGUUUAUGGUUUGUGUAA